AUGUGGUCACGAAAUCCAUACGCAGACUUCAGAUCAAUCCUCAGAUCGACUCUCUCAGACCCAGCCCGAACCAAGGGUACUGCAAGGCAGUUCAAGGUCAUCAUCGUCAUCAGCUUCGCUGCCCCAGUGAGCGCGAACAUCAUUAUCAUGGCCGACUCAACUAGUCUUCAAUCAGGCCGAAUUCCAAAAGACAAGCACCUGAAGGGUGCAGAGAACUAUACCGCUUGGAAGAUAGCCGUCUAUAGUCUUCUCUUCUCCAAAGCACUCGAUGAGAAGGCCAACGAUCCAGAUUUUCUACGCCGACUGCUCCAUUGUCCUGCGUGUACUUCUGCAUUAAUUCCAUCGUGA